CGCCUGCGGAACUUGAGGCCAUGUCCCAUGAAAAGAGUUUCUUGGUGUCUGGGGACAACUACCCUCCCCCCAACCCCGGGUUUCCCGGGGGGCCCCAGCCUCCUAUGCACCCCUACCCGCCCUAUCCUGGCACCCCCUACCCUCAGCCCCCCUUCCAGCCCUCCCCCUACGGUCAGCCAGGGUAUCCUCACGGGCCCAGCCCCUACCCCCAGGGGGGCUACCCUCAGGGUCCUUACCCCCAGGGGGGCUACCCACAGGGCCCCUACCCCCAGGGGGGCUACCCACAGGGGCCGUACCCCCAGAGCCCCUUCCCCCCCAACCCUUAUGGACAGCCACAGCCCUUCCCGGGCCAGGACCCUGACUCACCACAGCACGGCAACUAUCAGGAGGAGGGACCCCCAUCCUACUAUGACAACCAGGACUUCCCUGCCACCAACUGGGACGACAAGAGCAUCCGGCAGGCCUUCAUCCGCAAGGUGUUCCUGGUGCUGACCCUGCAGCUGACGGUCACCCUGUCCACCGUGGCCGUGUUCACGUUUGUCAAGGAGGUGAAGGGCUUUGUCCGAGACAAUGUGUGGACCUACUACGUCUCCUACGCUGUCUUCUUCAUCUCCCUCAUCGUCCUCAGCUGCUGUGGGGACUUCCGGCGAAAGCACCCCUGGAACCUCGUGGCACUGUCCAUUCUGACCGUCAGCCUGUCCUACAUGGUGGGGAUGAUCGCCAGCUUCUACAACACCGAGGCCGUCAUCAUGGCAGUGGGCAUCACCACGGCGGUGUGCUUCACGGUGGUCAUCUUCUCCAUGCAGACGCGCUAUGACUUCACCUCGUGCAUGGGUGUGCUCCUGGUGAGCAUCGUGGUGCUCUUCAUCUUCGCUAUCCUCUGCAUCUUCAUCCGGAACCGCAUCCUGGAGAUCGUGUACGCCUCGCUGGGCGCCUUGCUCUUCACCUGUUUCCUGGCCGUGGACACCCAGCUGCUGCUGGGGAACAAGCAGCUGUCCCUGAGCCCGGAAGAGUACGUGUUCGCGGCUCUGAACCUGUACACGGACAUCAUCAACAUCUUCCUGUACAUCCUCACCAUCAUCGGCCGAGCCAAGGAGUAGCACCGGCCCGAGGUGGGCGUGGCUGGCCGGGACCCCCACCCCUGACGUGACAAUGCCACCUGUGUUUUCUCCUGUUCCCCAGGCACAGCUUGGGCAGACAGAGCCCCUUCCACCCCGUGUUUGUGCACUACAGAUGUGAAUGUGUGGACCCGCCGUGGCCACAGCAUGGCCUCCUUUAGUCCUCCUUCCCCGCCAAGGGGCCGUGGGGGCUGCGUCUCUGUGCCAUCUUUUGUCCCCUCACUGUUGCAUGAGCCCUGUCUGUCAGCCCCCCCGCCUGGGGGCAAAGCCAGCUCCCUGGGGAGAGGGAGUGAGCCAGAGGUGAGGGUGCACGUCUUUCCUCCUGUCCCAGCCCCCAGCCUGGCCUAGAACACCCUUUCCCUCCCCACCCUGGAGCCCUGUCGUCGGGGGACAUGCAGGGUGGGGGUCUCAUUCUGUGCUGAGCUCUGAGAGCAGAGGCUGGCGUGUUUCAGGGAGAAGGAAGCCUUCCUUUCAUGCUGCUGUCAUUAAAAUCCCAAUAAAUGGUACCUUCUGCUCUCUGCUUC